AUGGUCCAACCAGCCAAUCCCGUGAAUUCCAGUCUUCCCCGCGAAGGAGUGUCGACCCUACUCCAUCGCAGUUGCAAUGCCUGCAACCGCAGGAAGGUCCGAUGCAACAAGAAACUUCCGUGCGAUAACUGUGUGAGGCUCGGAUUCGAGUGUAUAUUUCCACCGCCUGGGCGCAAGGCCCGAACAAGACCAACAAAAUCAUCCAAGGCUGAGUUGAUCUCGCGAUUAAGUGUCUUGGAGCAGGAAGUCCAGAAACUCGGCGUACAAAACGUUGCUGUUAAUGUCCCUGUGGAUAAUCUGGAAUAUAAGGACGUCGAGGAGACCCUGGAUAGUGGCCACAAUGCGAUAUCAUGGCCAUUGAAGACCCCUAUAGAGCCGGAGGCUGAAGAGGUCGAAGAGGAAGUAAUUAGCAUUCAUGGGGGUCGGAUUUCACCAGCCCCCGCCCCCAACACCUCGGAAACAACACCGGGACACCGCUUUGGACGGUUGGUCAUCGACAAAAGCAAUGGGACAAGCCGGUACGUGAACCAUCGGGUUCUGACAGACCUAGGAGACCAGAUCAAGGAACUCCGUGAUGCUUUCGAUUCCCCAUCAUCGCCGACACCAUCGUUUGAAGAAGAUGCUUCAUCUCCGGGUUCUAGUGCGGCAUGCUCGGAAACACAUAGUCCCUUCAUGUUCGGUCAUCGUUCUUCGGUUUCUUCGCUACAUGCGUACCAUCCAUCGCCCACCAUCAGCCAUCUCCUUUUGGAAGUCUACCAAGAUAACAUAGCACCCAUAAUCAUGAUCAUUCACAAGACCGCGUUGAGGACCCUUAUCCAAACAUCAUGCACAAAUCCCGAGGACCUUGAUAGGAGCUCUGAGGCAUUGCUUUUUUCCGUGUACUUUGCUGCAGUCUCGAGCAUGACAUCAGAAAAAUGUCUCGCCCAGUUAGGGGAAGAUCAUACGGUCGUGGUCAAGCGAUACCGUUUCGCUGUUGAGCAGGCACUAGCCCGUGCAGGCUUCUUCCACACCCACAAAUUACCUGUGUUACAGGCAGCUGUCCUCUUCUUGACCUGUGCCUGUAAUCCAAAAGAUACUCAAUUCGUGUGGACGAUGAUAGCAGUGGUUACCCGGCUUGGGCUUGGUAUAGGGCUACAUCGUGACGGCAGUCACUUUGGACUUACUCCCUACGAAACAGAAAUGCGACGCCGAGUCUGGUGGUACAUUUAUCUAUUGUAUGUUCAAUCAUGCGACUUCCAAGCAACGAGCCCCCAGAUUCGGGAAGGGGACUAUGACACGCGAUUGCCGUUGAACAUAAACGAUGAUGACUUGUCUCCCGAUUUUGUUAAUAUUCCACAAGAACGGACUGGCUUCACGGAAAUGACACUGACCCUCGUCCGCUGUGAGAUCCUAAUCUCCCGUCGCAAGUCCAUGCAAAUGACAUUCCCAGGGGCUGAUGGCCCAAACGUCUUGUUCCAAAACCGCAAUCUUGCAAUAGAGGAGUCCAAGCGGCUCCUUGACGAACGAUACCUCCAAUUCUGCGACCUUGGCAUCCCUAUCCAUUGGGCCACAGCAACGAUUGCACGAGUUGCACUUGCACGGUUAUGGCUGGUUGCUCAUUUCUCGCUCCUGACCGCACAAGGCUUCGAUGCAAACCAGUGGCCCGACCGAUGCGAAGUUCUUAUCUUAACGGCCAUAGAGGUCCUCGAGUUUGUCUAUUUGCUUGAGACAAAUGAGAAUACCGCCAAAUGGUCCUGGUUGUUCCAGGGGUAUGUGCAAUGGCAACCGUUUGCGUUUGUUUUAUCAGAAAUAUGUGUGCGCCCGACCUCCUCUUUGUCCGAUCGUGCGUAG